CAGAGACUAGACCACGUACACGAGUAUAUAAAAAGCAUAAAAAAUGGCAGAUGAGAAUGCCAAAAGUUCUACAAAACCCCAGCAACGUACACGUAAGCAUAAAAACCCCAUAACUCAUAAGCCCAAUAAUAAUAAUCUUCAGCUCAGCUCCACGAAAAGCAACCUUAAUAAUCUUAGGAAGUGAUAAAUAAAAAAUCCAACUAAGAACCGAGCUAGUUUUCCUUCUACGUCCUCUGAUUCCGGCUACGUACUCGCAUUUCACUUUCCUUACUCUUAUCGAGAGUGAGCAAUUGUAUCCCGUGAGGUGUGAUUUGUAAGCUGCUACAGUAAGAAAACGAACAGAAGAAACCAAAACUGUUGCAUUUUUUUGCCGAAGGAUUACCAGGAAGCAACCAUGGAUGUUGAUGCACAGCCAACGAUGGAUGAAACAAUUCUGGUUGGUGAUGAUUUAAUGACAGGUCCUCCAUCACCUGUAGUACCACCGGAAAUAGCCUCCCAUGUACUCCAAGGUGUUGAUUUGUGUGAUGGAAUUCUCAGGAAUCUCUUUCUCUGCUUGCAAAUCAAUGACAUUGAACCAUUUUGUCAAGAUGAAAUUGCUUUAUAUAAACAAUGUGCUGAAAGAAGGGAUAAGGAGAUAAGGAAGCGGCUUCAAGAUAGUGAAUUCAAAUUAGGUUCAUCAAUGCCUCUAGAUGAAGCCAAGGGGAGGGCCUCUCAGCUUGAAGCAGAAGUUACAUCAUUGGAGAGGCGCCUAAUUCUUGCUAAUGGAGUUGAAGGCGUUGAAGGUUUCCGUCAAAGAUGGAGCUUACAUGGCCGCCUUACUGAUUCCAAGUGUGUGAUCCAUAGAUCUUGGAAUUUCAGUUUCUAAAUAUCAUUCAACAAAUUAUUGCUAUCAAGCAUGAUUAUUUGAUUACUAAAUGGUUUGGGCCUGCCCUUACCGUAGUUAUUCAUAUGGAACAAUGGACAAGGGUCUGAUUAGCAGAGUGUUUGGCAAACUGUUUGUGGGUGGCAAAUGUAGGUCGUGGGAAGUGAGAAACAUAAUUUUGGAGGCUGUCCAUUGGAUUUCCAAACUUGCACUAGAUAGGUUUACGGUUUACCUGUUGCAAAGUGGUGUCAGCAUCUGUUAAUGCCCAUCGUUUGCAACAACUAAAUAUUAAUUGUUUUAUUUUCAUGUGGUUGAUUGCUGGUACUAUGUAUGUAAAUACUCUUCCCUGCUUUUAUUUCCUUUGCGCAGUUGUACUUUGCUAA